ACAAUUGGAAAAGACUUUCCCUUCUUGACCUUACUUAAAAGAGGAGUAUAUACGAUAUUCAUCUUCCAAUCAACCAUUUUUCAACUCUCAUCUCAUCAAUUCAUACCCAUGGCGAAGAAGGCUGUUCUGAUCGGCUGCAACUACCCCGGAACCAAGGCCGAGCUCAAAGGAUGCAUCAACGAUGUGCGGCGGAUGUACUCUUGCCUCGUCGACCGUUACGGCUUCUCCGAAGAUGACAUCACCGUCCUCAUCGAUACCGACGAUUCGUACCAGCAGCCCACCGGCCACAACAUACGCGCCGCCCUCUCUGAUCUCGUCGAUUCCGCUAGCCCCGGCGACUUCCUCUUCGUCCACUACAGCGGCCACGGCACCCGCCUUCCCGCCGAGACUGGCGAGGAAGACGACACCGGCUACGACGAGUGCAUUGUCCCCACUGAUAUGAACCUUAUAACCGAUGAUGAUUUCAGAGAUUUGGUUGACAAAGUGCCCGGCGGGUGCCAGAUCACGAUCGUGUCGGAUUCGUGUCACAGCGGAGGGCUGAUUGAUGAGGCUAAGGAGCAGAUCGGAGAGAGCCAUAGGAAUAGUGGCGAAGAGGAGGAGGAGGAGAAGGAGAAGGAAUCUGGAGGCUUCAGGGACUUCCUGCGCAGGAGCGUCGGAGAUGCAAUUGAAUCGCGAUUCGGCCGACGCAAAGAGGAAGGAGGAGGAGAAGAAGAAGAAGUUGAAGAAAUUGAAGGAGUAAAGAACAAAUCUCUGCCGCUCUCAACACUGAUCGAGUUGCUGAAGCAGAAAACCGGCAAGGAGGAUAUAGAUGUUGGCAAGCUGCGGCCCACGCUGUUCGACGUCUUCGGGGAAGAUGCCAGCCCCAAGGUCAAGAAGUUCAUGAAUUUCAUAUUUGGAAAAAUAAAAGGGGGCAAUGCUGAAGGAGGGGAAGCAGGGGGAUUUUUAGGAAUGGUUGGAGGGCUAGCGCAGCAGUUUCUGCAGCAGAAGCUUCAAGACAACGACGAGAGCUAUGCUGAACCUGCGUUGGCAACGCAUGUUGGAAGCAAGAAGGAGGCGUAUGCUGGAACAACCCAGAAAGGACUGCCGGAUACGGGCAUUCUGAUCAGCGGCUGCCAGACUGACCAAACAUCAGCGGAUGCCACACCUGCUGGCGACGCAAGCAAAGCUUAUGGCGCUCUCAGUAAUGCCAUUCAGACGAUUCUUGCUGAAUCCGAUGGCAGCGUGAGCAACCAAGAACUCGUCACCAAGGCUAGGCGCCUUCUGCAGAAACAGGGCUACACUCAGCGCCCCGGAUUAUACUGCAGCGAUCAACAUGUUGAUGCUCCUUUUAUCUGCUGAUGAUUAUAAGAUUGUUAUGCAGUUUCACUAAGGCCAAUUGCAUUUGUUGUUAAUGCCUGCUUUGAAGAUAAUCGACUGUUGUGAUAUUUUCAGUUGGUCUGCUUGUGAUGCUUUGUGUGAGCUUGAAUGUGCAAUAAGUCUUCAAUAUUAGCAGUCAGCGUUGUGAUUGAACUGCCACAAGGAGCAAUGGGAUUUGUAUUUAAGAUGAGUUUCUGACA